AUGGACACGGCGCUUAGCGAGGCCUUGCGGCGGGGCAAUCCAGUGGUGUUUUUCGACGUCUCUAUUGGGGGUGCACCCGUCGGCCGCCUACGUCUAGAGCUGUUCAAGAAGGACUGCCCGCGCACGGUCGAGAACUUCAGACAAUUUUGCACCGGUGAAUACAAGAAAUCAGAGCUGCCAGUGGGCUACAAGGGCUCCACGUUUCACCGUGUUAUCAAAGAGUUUAUGGUACAAGGUGGAGAUUUUUUGAAAGGCGACGGUACCGGUCGAAUCAGCAUUUAUGGCGACAAAUUUGAAGAUGAGAACUUUAUUCACAAGCAUACGGAGGCAGGAUUGUUAUCAAUGGCGAAUAGCGGGCCAGGGUCAAAUGGCUGCCAGUUUUUCCUCACGUGCGCGCCAUGCGACUGGCUAGACGGAAAGCACGUGGUCUUUGGCAAGGUACUAGACUCGACAUCGAUGUUACUGCUGCGUAAGAUGGAGAGUGUGCCUGUGGAGCACACUAGUAAGCCUAAAUUAGCUAUUACUGUCACCGAAUGUGGAGAGCUUUAG